UAAUUUCCUUUGCAGCCUGGAGAGACUGAGCUGUGUUAAAGCUCAAAGUGGAGAAACUCUUCCAGCAGCCAGUGCCACAUCACUGUGCUUACUGCACACAAAGGGGCUCCAGCAUGCUUCUCCACAUCCUGCUGUUUCUUGGUGCCCUGGCUAAGGUCACUGAGCCUGCCCCACGCUGUGAAACCGGCCAGGAAACCUUAGGACAAUGCCAAACUGAACAAAAAGCAAAAUGUGUGGACAUCACUGUGGGCACUUGCAAUGAUGUUCCCUACAGCAAAACAAUGUAUCCUAAUUUACUGGAUCAGAAGGCUAGACAAGCAGUUGAGUAUAGCUCUGAAUAUGUUCUCAUAAGCGUGAUACACAACUUACUUCAGGGAGAAUGUAAUCCUGAUCUGAGACUCCUGGGCUGUUCAAUAUUGGCACCACAGUGUGAAAAAGACAAAAUUAUAAAACCCUGCAGGCACAUCUGUGAAAAGCUGAAAAAAAGCUGCCUUCCUGCAUUUGAUGCAAUAGACAUGGCUUGGCCAUAUUUCUUAGACUGUGACCGAUUCUUCGCUGGUGAAGAAGAAGGAUGUUUUGAUCCACUGGCAAAGCUUCGAGGGGAGCUAGAAGUUGCUGAGGAAGAUCCCCUGGCAGGGCUGCCUACAACAUUUAUUCAAUUCACCCACCAUUCGUAUUCCCAAAUGGUGAGCAUUUUGAAGAGGACUGCUUCCAAAUGUUCCCACAUUGCAAGAACCUACAGCAUUGGCCGUAGCUUUGAAGGGAAAGAUCUUUUUGUGAUUGAGUUUUCAACCAAACCUGGACACCAUGAAUUACUUAAGCCUGAAUUUAAGUACAUUGGCAAUAUGCAUGGUAAUGAAGUUGUCGGGAAAGAACUGUUAAUAUACCUUGCACAGUACUUGUGUUCAGAAUAUCUCCUUGGGAACCCCAGGAUUCAGAUGUUGAUCAACCACACUAGAAUUCACCUCCUUCCUUCACUGAACCCAGAUGGGUAUGAUCUUGCUGCAGAAGAGGGAGCUGGUUACAAUAGCUGGAUUAAUGGCCGACAAACUGCUCAGAACCUCGACCUUAACAGAAACUUCCCUGAUUUGACAUCUGAAGUUUAUGCAAGAGCCAGGAUCCGAGGAGCACGCAUAGACCACAUCCCCAUUCCACAGUCUUAUUGGUGGGGUAAGGUUGCACCUGAGACGAAAGCUAUUAUGAAGUGGAUGAGGGACAUUCCAUUUGUACUCUCUGCCAGUCUCCAUGGUGGUGAAUUAGUUGUUACCUAUCCUUAUGAUUACUCAAGGCAUCCACUGGAAGAAAAAAUGUUCUCCCCUACCCCUGAUGAGAAGAUGUUCAAACUGCUGGCUAAAGCAUAUGCAGAUGCACAUCCAAUCAUCUCAGAUAAAUCAGAAAUUCGCUGUGGUGGAAGUUUUGGGAAACGAGGAGGCAUUAUAAAUGGUGCGGAGUGGUACAGCUUUCCUGGAGGUAUGGCGGAUUUUAACUAUCUUCAUACAAACUGUUUUGAAAUUACCGUGGAGGUGGGAUGUGAAAAAUUUCCUUUGGAGGAAGAACUAUAUUCAAUCUGGCAUGAAAACAGAGAGUCCCUUCUGAAUUUUAUUGAAAUGGUCCACCGUGGGAUAAAGGGAAUUGUAUCUGACAAACUUGGCAAUCCAAUAAAAAAUGCCCGAAUUUCAGUGCGAGGCAUCAGGCAUGAUAUUACCACAGCUGAUGAUGGUGACUAUUGGAGACUCCUCCCUCCAGGAACAUACAUAAUCAGUGCCCAUGCUGUUGGAUACAGCAAAGUGAUAAAAAAGGUCACUCUGCCUGUCAAGAUGAAAAGGGCAGGGCGGGUAGAUUUUGUCCUACGACCUUCAGAAUUCUGGCCAAAUAAAUUUCUCCGUAGGCCCAUGGAAGCCAUGCGUGAUCAAUAUGACCCACUGGAACAUUUUGAUCCUCAUGCCCAACAUGCACAGCCGGGACAAAGAAAUGAAAGAGGAGACCUUACACGGAAUAAAGAGAGGCCUUGGUGGUGGUCUUAUUUCAGUUCUCUAGGUCAGCAUAAACCUAUGUGGUUGCUUAAGCGUAAUUAAGUCAUAAUAUUAUUCCCUCACUUUAUUAAGUUACUGUUCCAUCAAAGCCCUUCUGCCUUGUUUGCUAAUGGCAAUAUUUAAAUCUGUUUAAUUUGAAAAUAUAAUGUUAAUUCAACCUCA